AUGCAUCUGCAAGUCCAUCUACGCCCGCGUAUCCCUCCGCCGCCGCCGCGCGGGGAUGGCGGCGCGAUUAGAGAGGGGCGGGGCCGGGGGGGAACCGCUGCAGGACGCGCGCGCGCGAGCGAACGAUGCGGCUGCGGGCAGAGCCCGGAGCCCUCAGAGCCACGAGAGACCGAACCCUCAGAGUGUUCCCAACCCUCAGAGUGUCCCCAUCCCUCAGAGUGUCCCCCUCCCUCAGAGUGUCCCCAACCCUCAGAGCCCCGAGCCCUCAGAGCCUCCGCGGAGAGAGACCGGCAGGCUCCUCCGCCCACCUCCCGGGGAAUAAACGUGCCCCGCAGGGACGAUGCUCUUCCAUUCCCCUCUUGGGGAAUAAAGGUGCCCGUGAGGGAAAAAACUCGUCGCGGGAGGGAUAUUCUCCAUCUCCCUCAGAAGAAUAAAGGGACACACGGACUUGGACCAGGACGAGUCGCUGCCAGGGCUGACGUUUGCAGAGGCAUCAGAGCCAGAAGGAACUGGACUGCAGCCACCUCAGGGAGGAGUGGAAAGAAGGGGAAAUCCCUCUUUAACGUGAAUAAAGAACCGAAAAUUCCACAACAAUUCUUGAAGAUUUCUUCCCUGCUGCAGCGUCUGCUCUGACCUGACCAAAAUCCCCCAUCAACCUUCAGGGAAUUUUCUGAGAAAACCGUAAGUAACCUCAAAAUGAGAGUGUUUGGAGGGGAAAAUUAAGAACAAAACAGCGGGGGCUUGGUGAAAGCUGGCAUUGUCCAUUUAAGGUUUUUUACAGAUCCCAGACAUUUUGCAGUUUGUGUCCCAUUGUACCAAGUAGCAAGAAAUAAGUGUAGAGGCAGAAGACAAAAUACCCUGUGUGGGCACGUGCCAUCCUGGGCAGUUCUCUGCAUCACAGGCAUCAGAAUUCCUGUCAGGCAGAAUGCUCAUUGCAGGAACAGGCAGUGACCAUUUCCAGCCAUGCCCACCUGACACAUCCACACUUUCCUGGAAGGACUACACGGACAGUUCUUAAACCAUGAAAGAGCCGGUGAAAGUAUUACAUUUAACACCGGGAUUCAUCUGAGGAGGGAGGUGCCUGCAGCUUUUUGUUUCUUUUCAAGCAGUCGGAGUGGCAGGAAGGAUGUUACUGUGGCAGGUCAGCUGAUGGGAUCAAAAAUAGGCCAAGUACUUACCUUGAUUUUUAAAUUGGAUAGCUGUUCCUAGAUAUUUCCAUAGGAUGAGACUCGCUGUAAGAGAGUGUCAGGGAAAUAGUGCCUUUCAAAGAAAAGUCGUUUGAACUUAGUGUUGCAAUUCAGAUCUCCUUCCUGUUCAGCCAAUAAAACGUCCAGCUGUGUUUCUGGCUGUCAGCUGCCAGCUACAAGACUGCCUAAUAAUGUUGGUUGGGAAUUUCCCUUUGGUAUUUGCUGCGUACAAGGAAAAUAGAUUCCCCCCCCCCCAAAAAAAAAAUCGAGCAUUGAGCACUACAGCAAGAACAGCAGUUACCAGGACAAUGGCUUUGGUAUUCACUCCUGUUGUGGCCAGUGGAGUGAGACUGAGCACAAGCCCUUGCUGACAUGCCUUCUGUCAAACAAGGCCGUGCCAGUGCGAGCAGCGAUUCCUACGAACUGGGUCAGGGAGAUGAACGGCAGAGCAGCUCUGCACUUCCUCUGCCGAGGAGCAGAGUGCAGAAGAGCGGA